CGUUAAAUGAGCAGUUCGUUUCGGCUCUGUAUCGAGCAGGAUCUUAUCUAACAACGAACGCGGCGCUUGCUACAUAUCCGCACUAUAAUUUGCUGCGCAGGACACAAUGCACGCAAAAUUAUCUCUUCCUCGCUGCUGCAAUACGCAUCGGCUACAAACGCCCAGUCGCAACUGCAAGCACCUUGUAGCCGCUGUUCCAGUACAUAGUGCUGCCAUUAUCAAUCAGUCAUCAGAGGACUUCUGUACCCGUAGACAACUUCUGCAUAUUGCAGCGCUGGUAGGCUCGUCCUUCCUCGUUGCCUCUGGCACAGCGGCUGCGGCAGCGAACAACGAGGUUGGAAGCUAUCUGCCUGCUUACGGGACUGAUGGAUUUGUGCUCUUUGUGCCGUCUACGUCGAAGACGCCAGCUCUACGUGCUGGAACCGUGGACAACACUUCUCCGUACCGGUUCGCGUUGCCUCCGAAUUUCGUGGAGCAGAAAGUCGCUAACAUCCAAAGUGGAAACUACUGUCAGCCGCGUUGCGACGAGCCCUGGACAGAGGUCGUCUUCGAGGGGACGCAAGGGGGCCGGGUCGAGCUUAUCGUGUCACCCCUUCAAAAACUCACGCCACGGAAGAAUGUCAAGGUCGAAGAUCUAGGGACGCCUGACCAGCUUCUAGAGCGCGUGGGCAAUUACAUCACAGGCACGUAUCUGGACGAAGAUGCGCUGGUGGCCACAGGCAGCCGCACACAGGACGGCCUCACCUACUACUUCUAUGAACUCAAUGCGCCUUAUGCCAAGACGGGCGCUCACUCGUACACGGCAUGCACGGUCAAGGGCGACCUUGCGUUUCUCUUUGUGGCGAGCGCAUCAGAGAAGCAGUGGGGCAAGCUGGAAAGCCGGCUUCGCCAGGUCGUGGAGAGCUUUCGCGCAUGAGGCACCGGCUCAGAUGACUUGCGGGAGUUGAUUGUGUUGACUAUAAUAAUUAAAGCUCGUUGGCGUACUGCAUGGAAAGCGCGGCUCCAUAUUGCAUUCUGGAGAGUAACGCGAAGAGGGAGAGAGAGUGACAAGCAUCCGCUGCCAGUACAGAAGGCCGCAUCUCCGCCAGUAUAUAGUACAGUGGCGUGCACAUGCGCAGGGAUGAUGGGCACUGUCCAGAGGGGUAUGGAGCCACUUGCAAGUAGUACUAGCAGGAUGUAGGGAGCAAGCUUUGGAGGAGGACGGCCUCGGGGCUAAGUAGCCGUCAUUCGGUGCGGAGUACCGAGCAGGCGUCUAUGGCACCCAGGUACGAUACGGAGGCCCUCAAUAUCUGGUGGCUAGAUGGUGCAUACUGCUAAAGGAGCAAAAAAAUGCGAGUCUUAGGUACGAGUCGGAACAGAUGGCUAAAUUGACUCGGAAGUGGGUUGUUCGGAGCAGUGCUUCUGGCUUGCCGGUGAUCUUGCGGUUAGUAAGCUCUAUUACGUGUAGCCGCCCAAGUACUCCGAGGGUGUGAACGUUGCACAUUGGAUGCCGCUCUUAAUAUGCGGGACCCUUGACUGAAAGUUUCUG